UUAAUUUAGAGCAAAAGUAUAUGCAUAUAACUAUAAAUCAAAUUAUAGACUAAAUAAAAUGGCAACUUUAAGUAAGAAAGAUAUUGAUGAUCUUCAGCCAAUCAUUCGAGAAACGGUUUCAAAAAGGUUAGGUUUUCCAGAAAAAGCUGUUAUGAGAGCUGCAUUGUCAUGUAUAGUUGAUAAUUUAGACAAUGAACGGUCAACAGAAAAAAUGGCUUCUCUCUUAGGAGAUGAUCUUGCUCCACGAUUUGUUGAAGAACUCAUGAAUAAUGUAUCUAAAUUUAGAUCCUCAGCAAUUAAUCGUAAAAGAUCUGCAGAAGAUGAAGAUACCCAGCAAAAAAAAGCAAAAUUAAACAGAUUAAAUGCAUUGAUAGAUGAUGAACCCCUCCCUCCUACUUUGCCAGAAACUGCACCAGAUAAAGAUCAGUUACUAGAUAGUGCAUCAAAUAUUAGUGAAAUAGUUGCUUCUAUGAAACGGCAGAUAGAACAGAGAAAAAGAAUGCUAAUUAAUUCUGGAGUUGCACCUGCCCUAAUUGAAAACCAGGAGCGUAUUGACAAAAGAUUGAGAGAAGAGCAGGCCAGGGAAAAUCUCUUGAAUCAAUUUACCGAUAAACAGAGAAGAGCUGCAGAAUUGCAAUAUAGCAUACAGUCAAAACUUUCUGGAAAACUAGGUCUUUUGAGUGGAUUUAGCAAACUUCCAAUUAAAACUGCUGCUGAGAUGAAUGCAAUUCCAAUCACUGAAAUGACACGACCAGCUGCUGUUGUAUUAGAUGAUCAAGGUAAUGCUAUUGAUCAAGCAACAGGUCGUCAGAUACAAAUUAUACAAAGAAUGCCAACUCUAAAAGUUAAUAUACGAGAAAAAAAGAAAGACAUGUUUAAUAUGACUGACAUGGUAAAAGAAGAAGAAGAAGAACGUAAACACUAUGAUCCUCGUGUUGGAAUUGUUCCAGCACAGCGUGGUAGAAGAAAUUUUAAUUUUCAUAAGGCAGGAAAGUUUCAACUUCUUGCACAAAAAAUGCGAGCAAAGGCACAAAUGGAAAAGUUACAGAAGCAAAUUCAAGCUGUUGCCAAAAAAACUGGGAUUUCUUCUGCAACAAAGUUAGCUCAAGUUGCAAAACAAAAAGCUCAAGAAAUGCAACAUGUUCCCGAUAUAGAGUGGUGGGACAUAGCAAUUCUUCCUAAUCAAGAAUAUAGUGAUUUUGAUAGAGAAUUAAAGCCUGGUGAAGAGCGAUUUAUAAACAUCACUCGAUUAGUAGAGCAUCCCUAUGUUAAAGAUGCUCCUUGUGCACCCAAAAACAAUGUGCCUAUGCCUAUAUUUCUUACAAAGAAAGAACGAAAAAAGAUUCGGACACAGCGCAGGCGUGAAAAUGAAAAAGAAAAGCAAGAAAAAAUUAGACUUGGAUUAGAACCACCUCCUCCUCCAAAAGUGAAAAUUUCCAAUUUAAUGAGGGUGUUGGCAACUGAGGCAGUACAAGAUCCCACUAAAGUUGAAGCGCAUGUUCGAGCACAGAUGGCAGCUAGGCAAAAAAAGCAUGAAGCUGCAAAUGAAGAAAGGAAGCUUACAAAAGAAGAACGUGCUUUAAAAAAAGUAAAAAAACUAAAAGAAGAUUUAAGUACUGGUGUCCAUACUUCUCUGUAUAAACUUCUUAAUAUUUCAAAUCCAGCUAAAAAAUUUAAAGUUGAUACAAAUGCUCAGCAACUUUAUCUGACUGGGUGUGUGAUUAUAACUAAAGGAAUGGCUCUUGUAAUAACUGAGGGUGGACCUAAGUCUCAAAAAAAGUUCAAAAAACUAAUGCUAUCACGAAUUAAAUGGGAAGAAGAUUCUGCACAAGGAAUGCGACAAGACAAAAUUGAUAAAAAAAAUAAUGAAGUUAAUGUAAACAAAAAAAAGAACGAGUGCAAAUUAAUAUGGGAGGGUACCAAUAUCAAAAAAACAUUUACUGAUUGGAGGUUUCAUGUGUUCAAAACAGAUCCAGAAGCUCAUGACUUUUUAAGGAGAUCAAACGUUGAGCACUUUUGGAAUUUAGCAGCUAGUCAGACUGUUCUUGAGGAAGCAGACUCAUGAAUUAUAGAAUUUUGUUUUUUAAAAAAAAAAUUAUAAAUCUCAAAUGUUUUUAUUAGUUUUUACUUUUUUAUUUAUUUUGUAGUUUAUAGUGUCCAUUUUUUAAGGAUGCUGCUAUGGUCCCAUUAACUCAAAAUAAAUUGUGUAAAUUUCUUAGCUUA